CGUACAUGUGUCAUUAAAUUGUCUAUAAUAAAUAGAUAGUAAGUGAAGUGAAUGGAGUGAUCAACUUAUUUAAAAUUGGGGGAUCACUGGGGGCAUUAAAUAAAUGAAUUCGGAAUAUUUUAAAGGAUAUUCGUAAAUUCGGGGUAUAUGAAAAAAACAUAGAACACCAAGAUGGAGACUGCAAUGUCAACCACUAAAUCAAUAACCGAUGACACCGAUCAUAUCGUCCGAAACGUUUUAUCAGAAAUCUUAAGAGAAUGUAAAAAUAGGAACAUAGAGGUCAUUCCAGAAUUUCUUGUGUACUAUAUCGAACUGUGCAGAUUGGACCCGCAACGAGGCUUGUUCGAAGCAAAUAUUACAAACCGACAAAACACGCAGGCCUUCAUAAAACAUACGGUGUCGAAAUUGAAAGACAAGAAAAACAGACAAAUAGCCACGUUGAAAAUUCAGUUUUUGGUAACGGACCACGUCCAAAAAGGCUACAAAUUGAUAAACUCCUUUAGACGAGAAACUGAAACAAAAUUGCACCCGUUACUUAUGAAUAUUGUUGAACAAGACAAAAAGAAUACCAUUGAAAUUCUGUACAAGAAAAUUUCUAUAUACGCUAUACUGGCAUCAGGAAUGGGUAAUCCAGCAAAUUCAGAUGUAUUGAAGGAAGCAAAGCAAGUAGUCAAGAGUAUCGUGGAAGUUAAGGAAAUGAAAACGUUUCCAUCGGUUACGAAUUAUAUUAAGCAGGAAGUAGUAAAGACUAUAGCCGAUUUGUCAAUGGGAAUCCGACUUUAUAACAAAGAGUGUAAAAAAGGAGGUUACGGUAUUAAAGACAUGCCUAAACUGCUAAACGAGAGCAUAGCCAAAUUGAGAAGGAAAAUCAUACUGAACUUGGUUGAAUCGGAAGAAACCAGUAAAGCGAUAACAAAACUAAUCCUAGCCCCGUUGAAUAUUAAAGAUGUUCGAGACGAGUACGUACUUGAGAUUGCGUGUCCGACUAUAAACAGCAAACUAAAAUGGAUCCAAUAUAAGGAUUUGGGAACUCUUUAUAGGCAGUGGAUUAAAUCUGCAAGAGAAUUACUGGUGGAACUAAACAAGAUCGACGACAAUCUACAAGCAAUGAUCUCCGAAUACCACGAAGUUAUCAAAUACCUUCGAGAAAUAGUCGUACCCCAACUUUACAUGCUUGUGAAAGAUGUUUUCCCUCAUUUCAUCCACCUAUCUCAAAUAUGGAAGGAAAUCCAGGAUACUGCCUUGUACGUCCAGGAAUUGUGGAAACUAUUUCUGGCCCUAUUCCAAACCGUGGUUUCGGUACAAUUAGAUCUCACCCUCGAAGAAGAAAGCCAGAUGAUGAAAUGGAUUGCGACGAAGGACGAACCUUUACUAACCUCCACUACGAAUCCCUACGUCACUAUAUACCACGAUGCAGAGCAAUUACCUGAUGUAACUUUAGAGUUCGAUGGUUACUGUUGUUGGGCCCUCGUCAAUGUUUACGGAGCCCUAAUUAAAGGAAAUCCAAAAUUUGGCAUAAUAAAAUACAAUAAUAAAUUUUACUGUUUUUGUUGCAAACUGGCAGCGAAUAGGUUCGCUGUAAAUCCAGAAGAGUUCAUCAUACGAACGGUAACUAUGGCUAGAAAAUAUUUUCAGCUAAUUUCGUAUCUGAACAUAAACGACCUUAUGAUGGAGUAUAAAGGUUGUUCAGGCUUCGAAACUGAAGCAGUCGACCACACACAUAAGCACGAUUUGGGUACUCAGACUGAGGUACAUAUAGAAAAAUCAAACAUGGUAUUCGGAUACAAGUGGAACGUAUGGAGUUACCGAAGAGAAGCAAUAACAGGGAAUGCUCUCCUAACCGCCAAAACUACUUCCUGUAUGACGAACAGGAUGCACAGCAAAGCUCCCUGCGGUACUCAGACUUACGGGAUGAAACGCAGGGAAACGCAGACGACAACGGACGACUAUUGUAACACGAUCAAACCGCUGAAAUUCAUACACGGAUUGAGGGGGAACAGGAAAAGCAAGACGAUUAACAUGGAUCUUACUGAAAUUCCUUAGUUAAAAUAGAGUUGGGUUAAUUAAGUAAUAAAACAUAUAAAAAAAA